UGUCCUUCAGCUCCUAUGACGUGUUGGAUGCAGAGAGGCCAUCUUGGCCCCCUGUCUGCAACUACUGAGAACUACAUACAGAGGGCUCUUCCGGACUACAAAGGAAACCACGCCCCCGGCAACGCUCCGUGCUGGAGACCGGAUCCUGGUCCGUCCCUGAACACGAGUCCUUCACGGCAGCAACCGCACAGGGAUUCACCGUCAGAGGCUUCACUGGGAUCCAGAACAGUGUGAUCCGCAUCACUGGAUCCAGAACAGUGUGAUCCGCAUCACUGGAUCCAGAACAGUGUGAUCCGCAUCACUGGAUCCAGAACAGUGUGAUCCGCAUCACUGGAUCCAGAACAGUGUGAUCCAGAGCACUGAGAUCCGGAUCACUGGGAUACAGAACAGUGUGAUCCAGAUCACUGGGAUCGAGAGCAGUGUGAUCCAGAGCAGUGUGAUCCAGAUCACUGGGAUCGAGAGCAGUGUGAUCCAGAGCAGUGUGAUCCAGAUCACUGGGAUCGAGAGCAGUGUGAUCCAGAGCAGUGUGAUCCAGAUCACUGGGAUCCAGAGCAGUGUGAUCCAGAUCACUGGGAUCCAGAACAGUGAGAUCCAGAUCACUGGGAUCCAGAUCACUGGGAUCCAGAACAGUGUGAUCCAGAUCACUGGGAUCCAGAGCACUGGGAUCCAGAGCAGUGUGAUCCAGCAGAACUUUUGGAGGGACCAUCAUGCACAACUCUGCCCGUUAUGUCAUAUUCUUCCAAUACAUUGGAACACAUUACAGUGGUGCGGUGAAAGUGCCCCCCCAACAGCUGGGGAGGAAGAUGGGGGUCCAGGACCACCUGGAGGAAGCCAUGAGGAGGCUGAGGCCGCUCCACCCGGUGUCUCUGUGGGUCUCCAGCAGGACGGACGCGGGCGUCCACGCCCUCUCCAACUCCGCCCACUUUGACCUCCAACGCACGAACGACAAGCCGCCGUUUACUGAAGACGUUCUCGUUGAAGCUCUGAAUUUCCAUCUCAGAGCUGAGCAGAUCAGGGUCACGCGUGCUCUCCGUGUGCCGGAUCACUUCCACGCCCGGUUCCGUGCCCGGUCUCGAACCUACGUCUACCGGCUCGCCCUCGGGGUCGCACACCGCUCUCUGCUGCCCCUCACAGAGGGGAACCUCUGCUGGAACCUCCACGACAAGAAGCUGGACGUGGGCGCCAUGCGGGAGGCGGCGGCUCUGCUGGUCGGGACUCAGGACUUCAGCAGCUUCAGGGCGGUGAACGCCGACAUUCACCUGAAAAGCCCCGUGAAGACGCUGGAUGAGGCCGGCGUGCAGCCAGGAAGCUCCUUCGUACACGCCCACUUCCACAGAGAGAUCCCAUUCUGGGAGCUGACCUUCACGAGCAGAUCCUUCCUCUAUAAGCAGGUGCGCCGGAUGACGGGGGCUCUGGUGGCCGUGGGCCGGGGGCAGCUCUCCGUGGGCCAGCUGCAGGAGCUGCUGGAGGCCCGGGACUCGCUGGCCUACCCACAAGGCCUUGCUGCUCCGGCCCACGGCCUCUUCCUCACCAGGGUGGACUACGCAGACUCGGACCUGCAGCUUUCACAAGGCGUCUCCAGUGGAAACUCAGAGGAUUGAGUCUGCUUCAUCAUGUUGAUACAGUUGUAAUAAAGUUGUAUAUUUAUGUACGUUUAGUUUUCUUCACUUCCAACAGAACUUGGUGUCUUCACUGGUACAAAUCACACGUGACUGCAGACUUACUGAAAUGCUCCUGGAUCCUGUUGAGGAUGUUCAUGCUCAUCUUGCUGUCCACCAUGUUGAUGGCCAGCCCCCUUUUG